UUAGAAUUCGAUAAAAGUGAGCUUGUGACGUGCAUUUGAAGAACCUAAACCCCAUUCUUGCAAUCGCAUAAACCCCCUUUUGAAAUCAACACAAAUGUCUGCUUCGACGUCAAGAGCUGUUAUUUCAAGGUUAUGUUCUCGUUUUACCAGCAAGAUAUUCAACGGGAAGCACCCCACAACUCCAUUAAAAUCAGCCACUUCACCUCCUUCCAAUCCUUCAACAAAACGCAUUUCUGCUACUUCAAGAUUACCGGUGCAACUGAGCUCUUUGUUAUCGAUGAUGCCUUUGCACUCUGCAAUUGCUUCCUGCCGACUGACUUCGGCUCUUUCAGUUGAGUCUCAAAGCUGGGGUUUGAUUCCACUAGGUAUCUCGAUGCCUUUAUGACAGCAACUGCUAUCAAUUCAGUGAACUGAGGACUGUGCUCAAGAAUUUGGAGGGUUCUUUUGUCUUUUUACAUAUUGAUUACUGUUGUCUUGCUUUCUUGCUCCUGUUAUUAGGAGAAAUAGUCUGGCAGAAACCUGGAACAAUGUUCUAUUUUCUUUAGUCAAAUGCAGCCAGUGACUUGUUCUUUCUUCUUUAUUUAAUGGACACAACUUAAUUCGGUAA